AUGGAGACCGGGAUUGGACCUGCAAGCCGAUUACUGCUCAAAUCAAGGAGUGAGAGAUUCUUUAAAUUGGAAAAGCUAUCGGGCACGGUCCCAUUCAGGAAAUUACUAGACAAAUCAAGCGCAAUUGACAAUGUGAGUAGGAAGAGAACCAGUGAGCUGAUUAUUCCGGAGGUUGAGAUGCUGCAGCUGAGGAGGCCAAGAAGGCGGGAUAUUACCGGAAAGAGAGUUGUUCUGAAGAGCAAGGUAGAGCAAAGAUGGGGACUGAGCAAAGGUGGUAUAACCCCAGACAAGGAAUUGUUAGCAAGAUCAAUAGUUUGCAGAAGGGGAGGAAGGGCGAGCGAAGAAGGGAUUGAACCAGAAAACCUGUUAUUGAACAACUGUAAUCCUCUGAGUGUGGGGAUAAAACCUAGAGAAGUGGGAAUUGCACCGCCAAUUUGA